UCAUCAAAAGAGCAUGAAGACUCUCACAUGAAAUGCUCCACUGCCCACCCACCCAUAACCUUCAAAGCGCGUUCACCGCCUCACCCACCACCCACUUCAUCACUCUCUCUCUCUUUCUCUCUCCUUCUUCUCCUCCGGAUCGAUCCUUCGAUUUCCCAUCUUCACCGACGAUAUCCUUUCAGGGUAUUAAUUAUGGAUCGACGAGGUGUUUGUGAUUUCACCGUCGUUGUGAUCUGUUUGCUGGCGAUGAUGGUGGUGAGAUCAGUGAGCCAGGACGACGCUGCGGUGUCGCCGGCGAUGGUGGCGUUUUUCAGGGGACGCCCGGAUGUGGCGCUCCCUGAGGCGUUGAACUCGACGCCGACGGAUCCGGGUUUGGGGGUUGCGGCGGGGAGAGUGGCGCCGCCCGGAUUGGAGAACGCCGCCGGCGGGAAGAGGUCUCGGCUGGUGCUUCUCAUGGCCGGUUUGGCUUGUGGGGUUGUGGGGGCGGCGUUGCUCGGCGCUGCUGCCGUGGCGUUUGCCAGCCGGAACCGGAGGUUUGAACCGGAAAACCGGUCCGGUUUAGGGGUUGUGCUCGGCCGGAGGCGAACCGGGCCGGAGGUGCGCUUGGGUGCUUGAACUAUUUUUUAGUGUCUUUAUUAUAAAUCUCUUUUUUUCUUCUUUUUUUUUUCUUUUUUUAUAUAUAUUGAUGUAUUUUGAUGAAAUUUAUGUUGGGAAUUAUAUAUUACAAUUUGGUUUA